AUUAUUUAAUAAUAUGUGCAAUCUGCAGAAUAGUAUCACACAUCUUGACAAGUAUAAUUUUUCAUGGUGAUGCAUCUGUUAAUCAGAACAUAAGCACGGUGUUUUUAAAACCAGAGCGAAGAACAUGCUGUUCAUAAACUCACUCUCUCUCUCACACACACACAGCAAGAUCAUCAAUCAGCCAGGCCAAAGCUCAUAGUUAUUAUACUACACGCGUUCAAUGAAGAGUACGCAACACAUGCUAAAAACGUUUUGUACAUGAACCAUGAUUCUGAAAUAUGCUGCGCUUCCUGCUGCUGUUGUUGCAGUGGGUUUGAGUUCAUUCAGGAUUUAUUCCAUAAAUGAGAAGAUAAACGAGAAGCUAAUAUCUCCAAGAGAGUUGUCUAUCUACUCUCCAGAUGGUCCUGCUGUGCGGUUUGUGGAGGAACAGCCUGGGGUAGUGCAGACGGGGCUGGGGGCCGUGAGGGUGGGCCUGCAGCCGUACGUCAGAGCAGUGCAGAACACCUUCACUUCAGUCAAAGUUGGAGUGAUAUCUGUUUACCAUGCAGGGCAAGACUCGUAUCAGUUCCUUCGAGAUCCACCUCCUGGCUUCCUGCCUAGAGUGGGUGUCAUCUGUGUGUCCGGAUUGGGUGGCCUGAUACUGGCACGCAAGGGUAAGUGUUGUUUUACUGUUUAAAAAUAGAGCUGGUAUCGCGU